AUCAAACGCAGCUGGGGACAUCCCUCAUCCCGCGGCCUACAGACACGCGCACAAAGCACGGACUCGUGGCCCGAAGUGGCAGCACCCCGCACGGAGGGCUGACGCGGCCCAGCACCAGCGCGGGUGGGAGCAGCGCGCUCCCUUCCCUCGGGACGCUUCUCCGCAGGCCGGAGGAGAAGCACAUCACAGCGCGACCGGCAGGCGCUGCGGAGGCAGCACGGCUCCGCUCCCCGGGCUCCGCUCUCGAGCUCCCUCUACCGGCGGAAGGCGCGCGGUGCGCGCAGAGAAGCGGGCAGUGCCGGCAGCGACCUUCGUGUUCUGGGGGUGAUGAAUCGGGCAGCGCCCGAAGGAAGGCUGCGGGGCUGGGGAAGCGGCUGAGCGCCCUGGGUCUGCUCGGCCCAGAGCGGAGGAGGCGGAGGCGCGGCCUCGUGGCGGCUGCAGCUCCUCGUAGACAGCUCCGCUCCCUGGGCACAGCGGCACGGAGCCGUGCCGGGGAGAUCAGGAGAAGAUUGCUGCCACAUUAUGUCAGGGGACAGCGACUGCACGAGGACGAGUCCAUCCGCGGGGUCUCCGUCGGACACCGAGUUGCUGCCAGAUCGCCCGAAGUAUGUUUGCUCGCUGUCUCCCGAUCUCGUUACCAAAGCCCGGGAGGAGCUCCAGGAGAAACCUGAAUGGCGGCUCCGGGACGUGCAGGCGCUUCGAGACAUGGUGUGCAAAGACUACCCCUCCCUGGGGACCUGCCUGGAUGAUGCCUUUUUGCUCAGGUUCCUCAGAGCCAGGAAAUUCGAUUACGACCGAGCGCUGCAGCUCCUGGUGAACUACCACAGCUGUCGGAGGAGCUGGCCCGAGGUGUUCAACAACUUGAAGCCUUCUGCAAUAAAGCCUGUCCUGGAGUCUGGUUUUGUCACUGUGCUGCCCCGCCUGGACCCGGAGGGACGCCACGUUGUCUGCAUCCGUCCAGACAGAUGGACACCCAGUAAUUAUCCGAUCACUGAGAACAUUCGUGCCAUAUACUUAACGUUAGAAAAACUCAUUCAGUCCGAAGAGACCCAGGUGAAUGGAAUUGUAAUCCUGGCAGACUACAAAGGAGUCAGCUUAUCUAAGGCGUCUCAUUUUGGUCCUUUUGUAGCCAAAAAAGUGAUUGGAAUUCUUCAGGAUGGAUUUCCCAUUCGAAUAAAAGCUGUUAACAUAAUAAACGAACCUCGUAUAUUCAAAGGCAUUUUUGCCAUCAUCAAGCCUUUUCUGAAGGAAAAGAUAGCAAACCGGUUUUUUCUUCACGGCUCUGAUCUGAAUUCUCUUCACCAAAACAUUCCUCCAGUGAUCCUUCCUGAAGAAUACGGGGGUUCUGCAGGGAAGCUGGACAUCUCAGCAUGGAACGAGCUGCUGCUGGCCUCCGAAGAGGAUUUCCUGCAUGACUUCUCACAGCUGGUGCUCCCCUGUGACAGCUCUCCCCCUGACACGCUAUCCCCCUACAGCAUGACUGCACUGCCAGAAACCUCCUCUGCCACAAACCUCCUCUGCCACCGCAGUAAUGACUUGCUGACCUGGCAGCAGACCUCAUCCUGGAUCUGGGGGGCAGUAAGUGCCAGACCUCUCAUCUAAGCUUUAUAAAAGCAGACUAGGUUUUGAGGAGUAAGCCAUGAAGCUUAUUCCUGAGUGGCAGUUCAGAGCGUCAGUGUGAGUAAGGAACUCAUCACUUGACCUACUUUAGAACAAAGGUAUAAAGAAAUUAAAUUUCCCUCAUUUACAGCAUUUUUUUUCUACCUUUGUAAGUCUUACUCCUCUUUGACAGCUGUGACCUUAAGCACAGGCUUAAAAAAAAAACCACAUUUUCUGCUACAUAAAAUGAGGUAAAAAAAUACUGCUAGGCACUUUCUCAUUUCUGACCACAAUGUGGUGCAUGUUUUGCAGAGAUUUGAUUUCUUUGUGCCAUGUAGCAAGGCAUUAGUAUGCAGCCCAUGACUUAAAAAGGCAACAGGCUGCCCACACUGUUUACCUGACAGAAUGUAGAGGCUGGUCUGGUCUCUAUAGCCUUUGAGUACCUCUUAAUUCCAGCCACAACAUAUCAACCUUUAAAAAAAAAACCAAGUGUUUUGACAGGUCCGUUAGAGCAGCUAUUUUGAUCCACUUAUUAAAAUGCUAGAGGAGGCUGAAUAUAGAAAACUCAAUUUAAUGUCCGUCACUUAAAAAAUGGGGCAGUCAGCAGAAAGCUGCACCUGAGGAACCUUUAAAGGAACCAAUCCCUUCUUCAGGUUCAUAUAUUGUGCUGUAAGUCAAACAAAUCCAUCUCACCUUCCCUUUUCUCCUCUGCUUACAGAGAAACUAAAUCAUUUUCUUUACUCUUCAACAUAAUAGGAAGUGAUACAUUAUCCAAGCUGAAAACAGCUUGUGUUACGCCUCCAAAACUUCGUAAAGCUGCAUUGCUGAUGUCAGGAUACAUCCUUUAAACCGUCCUUACCUGUAUCAAGCCUUUAACUAUUACUUCUGGAUUUGUUCUUCCUUGGCUUUAGAACUUAAUUAAGCUGUAUCUCUAACCCUUUCUAGGUUUGAAGCCAGUGCUUAGGGAGCACACCUGUUUUAUAUGCACCUGACUACAGAGCUGAGAGCAUUCUUUGAGCUUGAGCAUUUGCUAGCAAAGAAAAAAACUUGGUUCCCAAAAUUUAUCAUGUCAGAUUCGGAAAAUAAUCACUUGCUUUAAAUGCAGAGUCUCCUUAUCUGCAGGUUAAGAGAACAGGUAGGAAAAACUAUUCAACUUAGUGGGUUUGGUUUCUCUUUCCCUCUGCCCACCUCUUCACAGCACUAAAACCAAUCUGGUCUUUUAUUCUGCUUGGCGUAACUUUGUUCUCAGAGGUUUUAUGCCUCUGGAAAGCCAUCCCUGCCAAAUCCAACACAUGACAAGGAAUUGUACUCAGACUGCAUGAAAUAGCCAUGGCUUUCAGCAUUAAGUGGGACAAGUUAGCUGCAUACUGUACAUAAAAAUACUUGAAUUUAUACUCUUGCAAAGGGGUACUAAAAACCCUGAGGUAUUUUCAGGAUAGGGGUUGAUGUUUUGGUUGUUAUUGUUUUUGUUAAAUCUCAUUUUGGCAUGAAUUAAUCAUGGUGUUAUUCAAACUAAUAAUUUUGCCUUUUGUUGUAUGUGGGCCUAGAGGUGUUGGGUGGUUAAGUGUACAUGUUAUUUUGACAAAAUCUUAUUUUUAUAUUGCAUUUUAUAAAAUGGAGUGGUCAAAAUAUGUAAUUUUAUGAUGCAUGACUGGGUGAUUAAAUACAUUACCGUAACAGCU